UUCAGAUGUGUUAAUGAAUGUGGAACAAACGCAGUUGUGUUUUAAAACAAACAAACAACAACGAACUAUGGAUCCACCUCCUAAAAAGCAAACCAAAACACGGAAUUCUUUACUGCAGUAGCAGGCAUGAUUACAAAGGGAUUGCUCUAAAUUUUUAGCGGUGUGAGUAACAGUGGUAAGUUUAACCUCCAGAAAACCUAUUGCUGAACUGCUUUGAAGCUGCCUUCAGCCUGUGGAUUACUGGGUUUAGCUGUUGUAUCCCUGCAGUCAAAUUAAGCACGUGGUGUUCUGGGGAACUUUUGUUUGCUUAAUAAUCUGAAACUGGGCCCAGCUGAAAAUGCUAUGUUAGCAUCCUAUGCAUGGAGUAUAAAUGUGAUUGUAUCAUGAGAAAGGCUGAAUGUGUGUUUUUUUUUCUUAAUUCCCCUCUGUCAUAUUUACUUAAGUAAUGGAUUUGACUUUUCGAAUUGUUUAAUAAAUUCAAAAUUCUCAGCAUUUCCAAUCAUCGAGUCAUAAAAAUGUAGUGACUGCAAAAUGCAUCCAUGUUCUUUAUAGUAUUUGAAGAAAUGGAUAAGAUUGCUAUAUGAACUCAUUGCACGUCUCUUUUCACUCAGCAACCCUCCUUGCUUCAGUAAUUCACCAGUAGGUUUUCAAUGAUUAAACAUUUGAACAAGUUUUUAUUUUUUUAUGAAUAAAUAGAUGAAUACUGAGAGAGAUUAAGGUGUUUCAUCAUGCCUGUAUCUUAACAGCAAGAGAGCUGUAGCAGCAACCUCUCUUCUGAAUCUUAGUGACAAUGACGUUAUGACCUGAAGGAAAGCAUAUUUCCCAACCCCCCUUUCUUCCCCCCCAAAUACCAGCUGGUGACUUUGAUUUGGAGACUUCAGGUCUUGCUGCCAGGUGGGGUUCUUUAAACUUGCAAUUGGAUGUCAGAGUGUGCCAGACAGGUUGAUGCCUCUGCUGAUGCUGGAACUGCAACCUGCCAUGAUGAAGAUGCAAUUAAGAUGUUCCCAUCCCAACAAACAGCAUGUAGGAAAAACGAUGUAUUAUGGCUUAUCAUGCAGUUAUAUGCAAACAUCUGUAAAAUCAUUUUGCAUAUAGGCUGUCCAUAUGUUUGACUGACUUUUUUUUUUUCAAGGUUUUUAAGCAUUUAAAUUCAUUCCUCUGCCAACUCUUUUUGCUACUCCUAUCAGAAGUAAGAGGGUGCUUUGCUUCAAAAAGCGAAACAAUAAAAUGAGUUUCAGGUGACACGACCCGCCAGCGAAUCAAGUUCAGUGAUGACAGAGUGUGCAAGAGUCACCUCCUCAACUGCUGCCCUCAUGAUGUCCUCUCCGGAACUAGAAUGGACCUUGGAGAAUGUCUGAAGGUGCAUGACCUGGCAUUAAGGGCAGACUAUGAAAUAGCAUCCAAAGAUCAAGAUUUCUUCUUUGAACUUGAUGCAAUGGACCACCUGCAGUCAUUUAUUGCGGACUGUGACAGGAGAACAGAAGUUGCUAAGAAGAGAUUAGCAGAAACCCAAGAAGAGAUCAGUGCUGAAGUUGCAGCUAAAGCUGAACGAGUUCAUGAAUUGAAUGAAGAAAUUGGGAAGCUACUGGCCAAAGUAGAACAGCUAGGAGCUGAUGGAAAUGUGGAAGAAUCUCAAAAAGUAAUGGAUGAAGUGGAGAAGGCCCGGGUAAAGAAGAGAGAAGCUGAAGAAGUGUACAGGAAUUCUAUGCCUGCCUCUAGCUUUCAACAGCAGAAGCUACGGGUUUGUGAAGUGUGUUCAGCUUAUCUUGGUCUUCAUGACAAUGACCGACGUCUUGCUGACCACUUUGGAGGAAAACUACACUUAGGAUUUAUUGAAAUAAGAGAGAAGCUUGAGGAACUCAGGAGGAUUGUGGCUGAUAAACAAGAGAAACGAAAUCAGGAGCGCCUGAAACGCAGAGAGGAGAGGGAAAGGGAAGAAAGGGAGAAACUAAGGAGGUCCAGAUCCCACAGCAAGCAUACCAAAAGAUCUAGGUCCCGAGAUCGCCGCAGACAUCGCUCUCGCUCAGCCUCCAGGGAACGGAAAAGAAGAACUCGCUCUAAAUCCCGCGAGAAGCGCCAUCGCCACAGGUCUCGCUCCAACAGCCGCAGCCGGAGUCGCAGCCAUCAUAGAAGCAGGCACAGCUCCAGGGAGAGGAGCCGAGAGCGCAGCUCCAAAAAGAGGUCCUCCAAAGAGAGAUCUUCCCGGGACAAAGAGCGUUCCAGAGACCGUGAUAGAACAUCGCGUGAUAAAGAUCGAAGCCCGAGGGAGAGAUCGCCGCGGGAUUUCAAAGACAGGAAACGUUCUUAUGAAAGUGCUAAUGGCCGAUCAGAAGACCCAAGGAGCUCAGAGGAGCGUGAAGCAGGGGAGAUAUAACUGGCUGUAUAUUCACCCAAUUUCUAGCUUCCUAUGGAGUUGCAUACUAUGGUUUAGUUUACAGUUGUUCAAAGGGACGCCAGUGAGCAGUUUGAGAUACUGAUCCAACUAGGGUAGAUGUACAGUAUAUAAAAGUGGUUAAAACUAAGUCAGAAUUAAACCCCAUUGAUUUAACUAUGCCUAAAGCUGGGUCCUGGACUUCCACCAAGUUGUAAAACUUUUCUGAAAGAUUCCUCCUUAUUCAGGACGACAGUUUUAUGUACAAAGAUGGCAGAUCUCAAUGUUUUUAAUCUCCUUUCCAAUACAAGUUAAUGAACAAAUUACGUUGUACUACUUGCCUUGGGUGCUUCUGAACCUUUAUAAAUUCUCCAAUUCUGCUCCAGUCAAAACAGCAGCAUUGAAAGGUUGUACUUCUUGGGAUUUUUUUUUUUGUUUGCUUUUUUUUGUAAGAGGGUGGGUGGAUGGAUAUUAACUUUUAUUCUGAAGUUAUGUUCCCAGUGAUAUUUUUGUUGUUGUUGUUGUUUGGGAACCUAGGAAUUGAUUACAGUGGGAGCGUUAGACAGGAAUGUGUGCUGGAGAAAGCUGAAAUGUCUUUUUACAGUGCCUAUUUAGACUUGGAAAUUGAACAGCUGUUGCAUUACAUCUUUUUUUAUUUCUACUUAAAUUUUGAAAUCAAAGCCAGUCCCGUAUCUGUACCAUUUGAUUGGUAUGUGUUCAAUAUAUUUGUUUUUUUCCAUAA